GCCGCGCUGAGCUUGCGCGCGCUUUUUACAUCCGCGAGUUGUGACCACUUCUGUAUUUUUACAUUUUCUUUAACACACAAGUCUAAGAGAAUUACAUAACAUAAGUCAUAGAAAAAAAUAUCUUUUCAUCGAUCAGAAAGACAGAUAGACGUAGAAUCGCCAUUUCAGUUGUGAAUGCAACAUCGAAUAAUCUGCAAUAAAGUGAAGGAGCUAGUAGCGACGGACAGAAACUGUGUUAAGUGUGCAGUGUGCGCGAGCGCGAGUUUCGUGGACAGAUGAGGAGACGGCCGAGGAGGUCUAAGCGAGGAAGCAUCGACGACGAGGACUACCACCACCUGCUUGCCGACGCUACACUCUGACGGCCCACAAAUCCCUCCGAAAACACGAGGAAACUUACUAAACACAAAAGCUAUAGAUUUAGAGAGCUGGGACAGAGAGAACGACACAAAGCUCGAUGGAUGAGUUCCAUCCAUUCAUUGAGGCUCUCCUACCAUUCGUGAAGUCUUUCUCGUACACGUGGUUCAACCUACAGGCAGCGAAGAGGCGCUACUACAAGAAACACGAGAAACGGAUGAGCCUCGAAGAGGAACGACAGUGCAAAGAAGAACUCCAGAACGAAAAGCUGGAGGUGAAACAGAAAUGGGCAUCGCGGCUGCUUGGCAAAUUGCGCAAAGAUAUAACGCAAGAGUACAGGGAAGAUUUUGUGCUGAGCAUCACAGGCAAAAGGCCGGCUAUGUGUGUACUCAGCAAUCCUGACCAGAAGGGUAAGAUGCGCCGUAUCGACUGCCUGCGACAAGCUGACAAGGUAUGGAGAUUGGAUCUGGUGAUGGUAAUCCUAUUCAAGGCGAUACCACUCGAGUCGACGGAUGGGGAGAGACUGGAAAAGACUGCGGAAUGCGCUCAACCGGGGCUCUGUGUCAACCCUUACCACAUCAACGUCUCCGUCCGGGAACUGGAUCUCUACCUCGCAAACUUCAUUACCAGUCACGAAGUCCUAAACGGCAUCUGCAAUGCGACGAAAGAGGAAGAAAGGCGGCGAAAAGGUUCGAGUUACCACGAACUAUAUAACGGUGUCGUGUGCAACGACACUAUCCUCGCGACCGGCGUCUUCAGCUCCAAGGAGCUCUGGAUGCUUUCAAAAGCGUCCAUACUGCAUGACCUCAGCGACAUGCAGCCUCAAAUAAACGCGAUCAAAAUAGAGCACCCGCCGUACUACUGCAGCAGCUACACGCCACCGUCAGCAGCGAGCGCCGCUGAGCACCAACAGCCUGCGGCCAGCUUCAGUCCACCGCCGGUGCACCAGCUAAUCCGUAACGACAAGACUGACAAGGCGACGCCUGUGUCGAGCGCGCCGACCUUCUCGCCGGUACUACGACCUGAGGAUGCGGCAGUAGCCAAUUCCGGCAAUCGCUCCAUGGACUCGCCUCACUCGCAAACGGGCUUGCAUUCGCCACACGAAGGUUUAGCUGGUGGUUCUGGACAGAGUAUGUCAAGUCUUGCCUAUUAUCAGCCUGAACAUCCAGGUGCGGCUGGUAGUGCUGGCGGUGUGGUCAAGUAUCCGGAGAAUGGCCACGACACCCUCUCAGACUUUGUGACGUUUGUCUGCCAAGAGGCCGAGAAUACACAGCAACUACCCCAGGCGCAACUCGGUGUCCCGCGGACUGCUGGGGUGCAAAAGUUCUCACAGUAUUAUCCGAGCUCGAUGUUACCACCACCACCGCCAGCGCCAAUGGCAAGGCCGGUGGCAAUCAUCAGGUCGACAGGUGAACUUAGCGCCACCAGUGCUGGUAGUGCCAAUAAUUCGCCAUCGAAUUCAGCAGCUUCACCUGGUGGUGCUGAUCCAGCGGAUCUUGCCUCGAGCGCGCAAGAUCAAAUGGCUGCAGCUGCUGCUGCUGCUGCGGCUGGUCUCGUUGGUUCCACUUGUCAAACGGCUGUCGAUCCAAGUGGAAGGAAGAGUCCUACUAGGAUUCUUGUCACUGCGCCUCACACGAGUCGAGAAUACAGCUUUGCGCAUUUUCACACGCAACCUGGUCAGCAAAUAUUUACUUAUCCAACAAUCAGCUCGAUGUCGGGUGUGAUCUCGCCAACAAAUCUGUCAUUAUUCUCAUCAUCGGUUGCGGUAAGUCGGCCAGUGGCGACACAAAGGUCAGUCUCGAGUAUGCCAUCACGUUGGAAUACAGCGCCUUUCAUCAACCUCGAGGAUGAUUACAAUAUGAUUGCACCGAUUAUCGCAGGCACCGCUAGCGAACCGCCCACUUCUAUAGAAGAAGAGCGAUACUUCCAUCCCGUCCAUACGAGCAGCGUCGUUGACAAGAAUGGUAACGGUUUGAUAAGUGCAGACAUGGGUGUAGGUAGUGAUCCAACAACGCACCAUCAUCACCAACAACAACAGCAACAACAACAACAGCAGCAGCAGCUGCAACAGCAAGUUAUGCAAGACAAACUUGGUAGGCCAAAGUCUCCUCCGUGACACUGGAGGAACGUCAGCUACGUGCGACCAUGUGACAGCCCAAGGCAUUGCUGCUUGGCCCGAUAGACGACAAAGAAAAAUGCACUUUGUAUACAAAUUAUAAAAAAAAUAUGCUUCCAGCCGCCGCAGUACGGCUGUUGUAUAGGUUGUGGACGUUGUAGAUGCAAACCCUCUGGUCCCUCGGCCCUAGACCUACUUUUUCUUUUUUUUUUCUUCGAAAUAACGAGGUUCUUGCAUGAAUAAAGCUUCUUAUCGAGAACGAGAAUUGUCUGUAUUAUACACUAACGCGUAGAGUUUUUCGUAGAUAUUUACACAAUUUCGUACCGCUGUGCCAAAAAAUAUUGAACCUUUUUCUAUACGACGAUAAGCAACGAUGAUAUAAUAAGACUUUAUGAUGAUUUUUUCGAAGACAACUCGUUUGAAACUCGAGGAAGAAUGCUUUGUUCACGAAGAUGCUGGUAAUCGUAAUAAAUUUUCUCGCUUUCGCGCCAACUUUUUUUUUAAUACGGUAACCGCAGAGUCUUGACGUGUUGUACAGUCUUCCAAGCCUCUAAAAAAACUCUCGCAUGGCUUCACGUUAUUUAACAAGCUUCACGUUAAUUUUGCAAAAAACUUUUGUUCAUUUUACGAAAUGAAAUAGAGAAUUCAUAAUUUGCACAAUUUGUAAGACAAUGACGUAAUUGUGUUCACAUGUUGCAGUGCUGUUGCGAAUCUAAAAACAAAUUAUAACGAUAUAAUAUACAUGGCAGUAUUUUGCCCCUCGAAAGUCAAUAUAAAUAAUUGUAAUAAUGCAAAGUUUUAUUAUUAUAAUCGAGGCGUUAUUGUAUAGUCACAAGUGCGAGAUGUAAAAUGAAAAAAAUGAUGAAAAAAAAACACAUGAUAACAAGACGUCAGUAUUGCCUAACUAAUGUAUCGUAGUGAAUUUUUUCAUUUUGUCGCCGAACGAGAUGAUAUAUUUUGUACGAUAGAUAAUUAACUUAGAAUGGGAGCUAUUAUACCAUUCGAAUGGCGAUUACGCACGCCAAAUAUAAAAGUCGAUUCGUGCUGAACUAAACUAGGCAUUUUUUUGGCGCAUGACACGCAGGGCAGAGGAAUCGUAUGGGGGUGAUGAGUACUAUUUUGCUGAUGUCAUGGAAACUCAUAGAUACUAACAUUUUUUUUUAAUUGAAAUUCAGUGAAUCAAUUACCGCAUUUGCUGAAAAUAUUGGCGAAUGAAAAAAGAAACUAUGAAACUUCCGAUGGUACUCAGUUUUGGCGAUAACGAAGAUUAAGUAGUCGAUUAUACGCCUAAAUGCUCGCAGGCUAGUGCUAACACUAGUUGAGACUAGUGCAAACUAGUCAACAGAGGCUGCUAGUUAGAAAAAAGAAAAAUAGUAAUAAUGAAAUCAACUCGUAGCUAAAGAAGUGUUUUUGUUGUUUUUUCCUCGAGAAAACGGAUGAUCACGAUGAUUGAACAAUGUGAUCGACUAACUGAGAUGCACGAUCGACCGAUUUAUAUAGUGAAUAUAAUAAUAAUAAUAAUAAUAAUAAUAAUAAUAAUAAUAAUAAUAAUAAUAAUAAGAUCGUGUUCGACGACUUAAUAAGCAAUUUAGUUUUACAAAACGAAGUUAUACGAUUUACCUUUUAUCCUAAAUGCUUCCAGCGGCUGUCGAUAAUGCGAUUUAAAAAGAAAAUACUCGCACAACAUAAUUAAAAAUGCGUUUAUUAGCCGCACGGUGAAAAUAAUAUGUUUGAUAUUCGAAGCAAGUUACUUAUUAUUUAUAUAAACGAUUUUAUGAGUUUUGCGAUUUUGUCGUAGUUUUUUGAGCGUUGACAAACAACAAAAAGUAAUGGUUGCACAAAAUACAAGUUAUAUUACCCUUUUUCCUCCCACAUCACCACCCAAGUUACCUGUCCGAGGACGCGUUGUUCUUUCGAUUCGUUUUAUUUAAGUGUAGAAAUGAAAAAAUGAGUUUUAUAUAUAGUAUACAUACGUUGUUUAUUAUUAUUAUGAGAUAUUUUAAUUGAUAUUAUUACCGCUAUAUACGUUUAUUUUUAUUUACAUAGGCAAUCAACCGAACACUCUUGUAUAAUUUUAAUCGUAUAAUUAGUUUAUCCGUAUUGUAUUAUAAUUUAUGGUUUAACUUAAACUUCGUUAGCUUGGUUUGUUCAAUUAACGGAGAUACAAUUGUUAUGAUUCGACGACGAAACCAUUUCAUCGUUCAAUAGAUUGUUAAAUUUGACUUUUUUUCUUGGAUUUUUGAUUUAUUUCUUACCUUUUUCUUUUCAACGGUAAGAGUUUUUUAUUUCUUUCACCUUCACUAACAAGUUGAUAUUGACAGUCGUUCUUUCAUAAAACUCACUACAAUAUCGCUCAAAUCAUGUAACAUUCAGAUAAGAUGCUUCCGCAAAAUCAGUGACGGCAGUCGUAUAAGCAAAUAGACAUGGAAUUUUGGUUCCUCACAUCUUGUGAUUGACUUAAAUAUAGAGCCAAGCAUUAUUAUUUUUGCUUAUUUUUGACCAUCGCAAAAACUACUCAUAAAAGAAGAAAACGAGGCAAUGGCAGCAAGCGAUGUGACGCCAAUAGUGAUGUAAGUUUUGUUAGGUAUACAAGGUGCUAAAUUAUGUACUGUCAAACUGCUACUGCCUGUGGUCACUCGCUUAUACGAUAAUGCUAAGUCUUAUUACUAACGCUACUACAUCUUGUACUAUUCUAGAAUAAUCUAUAAGCUUUAAUCCCAUUGUUACAAAACAUCGCUACUGACAAAAGUGUCGUGAUUGGCCUCUUCUUUUCUUCGAUGAAAAACGCAAUGAUCAUUGGAACGAAUAAUUGAGUUUGGUGAGAGUUGCGUUUACAUGACACUUUUGUCAAUGAAGGAAUAUUGAAACUACCACCAUCACCACCACCGCUAUACUAACUCAACAAUUGUUAUCGCUAUUUCAGUUAUUAACUAUUUAUUAUCAAAUAACACGUUGUAAUCAAAAAUGCAAUUAAAUGGAAAUUGCUGAAGCUCCUAUAUACAUAUACUCAAAUGCUAUUUAAAAAAAACUGCUGCAAUUGCAAUUAUCACUACACAAAAUGAAAAAUAACUACAUACGCUAGUAAUCAUAAAUUUAUCGACUGCUAUAUAUAAAAUAUAUACUUUCUUAACGCAUAGUUUAUGAAAAAUAAUGUACAUAAAUAAUUUUUGAAAGAAAAUGAAGAAAUUUGUAAUAUUAAGUAGUGAAAGUCGACGAAAAACGAAAAUUUCGUUUGAUGCACGGAAUAAAUAUAUAAAUAUAUUUAUGACUUCGUUCAUGCGAUGUAUACAAAUGAGAUUCGACUUAAAAACGGAGAUUAUAUACAUGAUAAUAUAUAUACGAGUUUAUAAUGCAGCAGAGAGGAUUUAGAGUAUACUUAUAAGUUUUUUUUUCUAUAGGUAAUGUAGUAGAUAAAAAAAAAUUUUAAAUGCCAAGCAGCUAUGGUGAGAUAUUUUUUAUUUAAAGAAGUAAUGAGGUGACGCUGUUUUUGUUGUAUCAAAACCAGGAUUGUUUAUACGUCUUAAUAAAACAGGGUGGUCCGGGUUUCGCGUUAAUCGAUAAUAAUUGUAGUGAUUAAUAAUAGGAAUGCUAACUAUUUGUUCUUCCAUUUGAUAUAACUUAUAUAUAUUUUUUGCUUGAUAUUAGUUAUUGUUGAUACAUAUACUAGUAGUGCAAAAUAGAAGUAUUUUAUAGACAGACGCUUUUGAAAAGAAAAUUGUGCCUUUCAUUUUACAAUUUUAUUUAUUAUGAAUGAUUUUUGUACAAUACUUGAUUAUUUUAACUUUCGAUAAGUUUUUAAGUAAAGGAUACUAAUUCAAUGAUAAUGGUUAUGAAUUUUAUAAAUAUCUUUACCAGUUUUUAUUUCUUCAUUCAAUUAGAGAUUUUGCUUUUGCAAUACAUUUCAUAAACAUUUGGAGGUAACUUUGUAAAAUACAUUUGUAGAAGAUUAAAUUUUUACUUAAAUUUUACAUUUCGCAUGCGAAAAAAAAAAUUCAAAAAGGCUGAAAGUAUCCAAUUUUCAGAUAAGUUACAAUGUCAACGACAACCGUGUCAACUCGAGAAACGAGAAGUGUUUUUUUCUUUUCUGUUUUUUAUUGUUAGAGUAAGGAUUUAGGCAUUUGAAACUGUAAAGGUAGCUGCAAGUUGUUUUUUUCUUCAAAAUUCACAUUAAAAUUAAAGCAAAUACACAUUGAACCAACGAAUAACCCCAAAAUUCAAAAGAGAGCUACAACUAAAAUCCUUUGAAAGACAUUUUGUAUAGCAUCUCGAGCUGCCUUGAACCGAAAGUGCAUUAAAAAUAAACGUUCGCUCGACAGGUCGAGAGUGAGUGAUGACAUGAAAGCAUUCUCGAUCAGAUCGACGACACGAGGGUUUUUUCUACGUAAAAAAAGUAGUUUCACGUAUAGACGGGCAAGUUAAUUGAACUAAAUAAUACGGCCAAUGUAGAUUGUUAAUGUGGCUAAGAGUAUAAACAGUUGCGUAGAUGAACUUUGGAUCGUGCUUUCAUUCAACGACAACUUUUUGUAGAAUUUUCAUAAUUUGUAUCUCCGAUAAUAAUCAAAUUUACGUAACUUUUAUCUAAUCAUGAGCGAAUACGUCAAAAUGUGUCAAAUCUCGAUGAGACUUGUUUCCGCCCAAUUGAACUUGUUCGAUGGAUUGGACAAUAUACUGAGAUCCGAAAAAAAAUAAUGCAAGAUUGAAUUUAAGCACGUUUCAAUAUUUUGAUAAAUAACGUAGUAAACGUAGGUAGUUAGCAUCAGUCCCGGGCCACCUUAAUGCAAAAAGAGAACCUAACAUAAAAUAAAUGUAUACAUAUACACAUGACACAACUCUAAAAUAUGUAUUUACAAAAGAAACUGCAAAAACCGAAGCCAAGUUGACUGACUUGGGAGUAAAGCGAAUGCAAAAACAUUGAGGAAAAUAAAUACACAUCGGAGUAAGAUGAUUCGAUUGUGAUUACGUGUACAUAAAUAAGGAUAUUACACUUUUCAAAUUUGUUAUCAGACAGAAGGAUAAAUGCUUUUCAUUCGGAUUUCGCUCCAAGAUUUUGAUAGUAUAUUAUAUAUUGAAUUUAAAAAAUGAAGAAAAAUCGUCCCUGCAGUCGGAAAAAACAGUCAGAUUAUUAUAAAUAAAUUAACCAUAUGAACAAGUAGUGAGAAACUUAAUCAUGCAAGCAAUUAUACGUAAAAUAAUGUAGGUCAAUGCAUUCUUUUUGGCCAUAUUCGUCAUUUUUUUCUCAAAUAAAAUCCAAGAAUGACGGUAGCGUAGCAAAAGAAAGCUUUGAUUUGGAGCAAACAAUAAAAAUGUUUUAUAAAGAAAAUCGAAUUCGAGUGGCCAAAAUCUGUGCAUUUACCUAAGAAGCAGAAGUAGAUUUAAGAGAAAAGUAAUGUUAACUAACGAAAUUAAAUGAGAGAUUUGGAAAGGGUGCAUAUGCGAGUAAAUUUCAUAAAAUUCUUAAAAUUACAACAACAAUAAUAUUUAUAACGACAUUAAAAACUGUAAAAGAAAAGGUAAAGUAACAAGAAUAAACUAAUAGUACGAUUACUGCGUUAUAUUAUAUACAAUUAAGACAUUAUAUACAUAUAAUGAAAAAAUUAAACUUGAAACAGUGAUAUAUUUAUCGAAUAUUUAUUGAGCAAUAAAGAUUAACGAUAAUAAAAUAUAAAACUAGGAUACGAGUAGUGAAAUUGUACAAAGCAUUAUGAAGUGAUUGGAAAAGAUGCAGUUAAAGUAAAUCGAACAAAAGAAAAAAAUUGCAAUAACAUGAAGCUCAAUAACAUGAACAUAGAAAUAUGAGCAAUAAUGAUGAAACUAAUUACACUGAGCAUAAAAAGUCAUUUUUUUGAGACUUUCAAUGGUCUUAUAUUUAUAGAAAUGUAAGAAGCGUGAGCAGCAUAACGACAGUUAUGUUUACAAAUCUUUUUGACUCAAAAAUAAAUCUGUUACUAAACGAAAUAAGUUACGAUACGAAGCAGAGUCCUAAAUGCAGUUGGCGCUUAAAAAAUGCAACACAUAUAAAAAUGAUACCUUGUCGCUCAGUUACCCUAGGAUAAGGGUUAUGUAUAUCAGGGAUUAGUCUAAUUAGCACAAAAAUAAAAGACGAUAAAUCAAAGAAAUAAAUAAGCGCGGUACGAAAGGAGGAAUAUUAUAAAUAGAUAGGUAAGGAAAAAAAAUGAAGAUAUGAAGGUGGUGAUAGUGGUGGAAAUGAGCUUAGUGAUUAAGACGUAAAAUACGAUUAUUGAGGCAAAAUGAGAAAUGGAAAGGGGACUGAGUAAAGAUGUCAAUGAAAAUGAAUCAAGUCCCCGUGGAAAAUUGCAAUAUUAAGAGGCAAAGUGAUAGCGGUUGCAAGUCCAAGAAAUUGAAAGGGGGAAUGAUAAUUUUUUAUCACUUUACUGCGCCAACAUUACAUUAUGUCCAUAUUGUCUCAAUUAACAAUUAUGUAUUAUAUAUCCGACAAUAUUGA